GCGAGCCUGUGUCUCCAGUGCCUCCGUCAGAAGCACAAAACCAAUUCUUUAUUACGAAGUCUCGGUUUAAUAAGGAGUUAUGUCUUUUUUUUUUUUAAUGCAUGCCAUCAUCACCACAGCUGACAUGAACAAACCGUCCUAAAACUUAUCAAGGGCACUUGUCACAAAUUAUCUGUAUGGGAGACAGCAAAAGCUCAUCUAAUUCUAUGGGAUAUAAAAAUCGACACGAUGCAACUUUAUAUUCGAAUGGUUCUGUUUUUUGUAAACACAGGCUAUCUGCAUUCCUUAAUACACCAUGACUGUGGUGGGGUCAUUGAUGCCAGCAAGGAAAACACAGGAGUUUUCCAGCAUUCAAUAUCUGCAAAUAAUACAAAUACUAUGCAUGGAAUAAGCUGCACAUGGGUAAUUGAAGCACUGUCUACAGAAACUGUACACUUAACCCUUCUCUCUAUGGAUAAUAAAACAUGCAUUAGCGUAUAUUUUGAAAACAGCCAAAAAGUAUCAAUUUGUGGCUCAAGGAACGAAACGUUGUUGUCUGGGAAAGGUAGAGGUGUGAUAACCUGGCGCGCUGCAGCUGGAAGUUCUGCAAACGAAACCCAAAUUCGGUAUAGAGUUGUGGUUAACUGGUGUGCUAGACUGUCUCCCUGCUUGAAUGGAGGGACUUGCAUACCCGGAGAAUCAUCUGCAACGUGUGUGUGUCUGAAGACCUGGCAGGGGAAGCACUGUGAAAGAGAAACACGGAACCUCCUUGAGGAAAGACUUCCCCACACUGAGUCACUCGGCCGAAAAGCUCCUUUGAGUCAGGAGACAAGCUUCCAUGGCAUUCCAGAAAUUACAAUCAUUUUACAAAGCACACGUAUUCGGAGGAAACCGUGGCUCACGACUCCUGGUGACAGCGCUCCGACAACAUUCAGUGACAAAGGAACCGCGCGGUAUGACACAACCGAAGGCCAGCCGAGGGAUGAGAACAAUACAACAAAGGCAUUCCCUAGUAACAGUUCAGUCAGCAGUUAUUGGCCCAGAGACAGCGAAAGCACUGCUGUCGGAGCUGAUAAGGAAAGACUCCCAUCCUCUCAGGAAACUUCACAUAAUAAUAAGGACUCUGCUCUAUUAACAGAUCAGGCACUUUCACACAUUGUGAGAUUUACUGCAACUGAUGAUCCAUCAUUAGGCUUGACUAGUCUGGCUACUGAAGAAACUCAGAAAACAAAGCCAGCGCUUUUCAGAAUUGAACGCAAGCCUCUAAUAGCUCGCUACACAGCAAUGGAAAAACACCCCACAGGUGUGACUGCAGUUCUGUUUCCAUCAACCAGACAGGAAGAGAGGUUACAUGCUCCAGACAAUGGUCCAUCGUCACAAAGAAAUGUUUCUCAUCUAUACACGCUGGUGUCUGCAACAUUCCCAGUUUCUCCGUCCCAAGAAUCCGCUUCACAGACUUUCACUGUCAAGCCUUCUUUCCCACUGGCCACUAGCUUUAGUGACACUACAGCUCCUCCAGAUAGCGUACACAAUCCUACAGAGUCGCUGCCACCACAGCAUGAUCAGGAGAUGGAGAGCAAUGACCGAGACUAUCACCAUGGAACCAAAUUGAAAGCAUCGCUGGAAAUGAAAGCUGUUUCGCUGAGUACGAUUAUUCCUGAAAUGAACACGCCAACUAAAACAGAGCCAUCACAGACUUUGAAUGAUCUGUCAAACAGUGGUUCAUCCACUGGCUCACAGGCUUUGUUUGCUGGACACAAUGCUGGCAGAAAGAUCACAGCUCUUUCUAGCACAGCCACUUUGAACUAUAACCUCACGUCUAUGUUAUCUUCUUCAGCGACUGACCCUGACACACCAGAGACAGCCCUAAAGCUUCCUAAGGUCUCUCAUUUACUCACAACCCCUUUGGAAUUCUCCAGUGAAGCCACACUGGACCCUGCAGGAUUCACACAUUCUGCUUUUGAUCAUCAAAGGAACUCUGAUUCAGACAUCAGGUAUUCAACAGAGGUGACUGAAAACAACAGUUUAAGUUUACAAACUGUCAAUGAACUUUCAGAGACGCCAAAAUAUGCUGCUGAAAUUGCCAAAGAGAUCAAUGAUUUUUUUCAUGAGGGCAGCGAGAACACAACACGUCAAAUAACCGCGGUCACAUCUACUCCAUUGAUGGAGGAUUUCAAUGUAAGUCUGUUUGAGGAUAAGUUAGUUCCGAUGGUUACUAGAAGCCUUCCUGAGGGAGACAUUUAUAAUUUUAUGUCUAAAGGGGAAACAGCAUCUGAGAGUGAAGUAGGUGUGUCAAUUUCAAAACAAGGAUUCAGUGAAAGGGCUCUCUCAUCUUCCACAAGUGAGGAGGAUGUUUCCACUUUGACUACUUUGAUAGAAAGCAGUAGAAAAGUUGGUCUAGAGAAUAGUACUCUUUACACAGAUUCUGCUCCACCUCAUAUAGGCACGACAGAAUCAGAUGUCAUGCUGCAUUUUACAAGGGUUACACCAUCAACCACUACUUCCAGUCCAGAAAUAUUUCCUCAGUCUGAAAGCACAGCGUCUACAUCAGAACUGCCUACAUUUGCUUUGCAUUCCUCUCCAAAGCUGCUGAUAUGGACUGCUGAACCCAGCACCCUUUCCAUAACAACACACAAACAGAUCACAGUGUCUCAAAAUACCAGACGAUCAGCCUCACCUACAGAAACAUUCGAAGAGAUGUCCAUGAGUAACGAUGUCAUCUCAUCGGAAGAUGGCAUUAAAUCCACAUCAGCUUCAGCAACUCUAACUGAAAUGGGGUGGACGUCCAAAAAAGAACCUAGAACAUCUUCAGAGAACUUCGAUUCAAGCUAUUUGCCUUUUAUUACAUUGACUGAUACAGCAAGGCAUUACAAGUCGACAGCUGUUGGUUUAGAUCCUGCAGUGGAAUCGCCCACAUUAUACACAAGUUUGCCACAAGAGGAAACUGCUGUACCAGACAGCGCUUCGUCUUUUUUUACCCCUCUGUUGACUAGCUCCUUUGAUGUUGCAGUGACAAGCCUCAAUACAGGUGGGGCAACAGGACCAACUCUGCAAACAACCACGUCGCUGAACGCAGUGGUUCUACAAACACUAUCACCUAGAGGGGAGGGCAGUUCCCCAACUCCUGUUAGACAAACUGAGAUGGAAACAGAGGUUUUAAGUACAGGGUAUUCCAGCACCACAGUUCCUCAAACCACUUUACCCCCUGCCAUGGAUGAUUCAAGUUUGAAUCUGACCACACUUUCCCCUGGAGCACAGUCCACUCCUGUUUCUAAAAUAAACUCUACUGCAGGAAGUGGUAAUGUCACAGAAUCAACAACAGUCCUGACAUCUGUGGAAUCCAGUACGACCGAACAGCUUUCCACCGCCCCAGGGGUGACAAACGCUAAAGGUAAGAAGAAUAGCACUCCUGGCCUGUCAAAGGAUUUGCCAGUAGAUCAAUCAAGUACCUUCACUUAUAACGGCACUUUUGCUAGGCAUACAGGUUCUGCCACCGUGAAAACAAGACCUACCGCUAUAUCAAACAAAAGUGAAAGCACUCCAGUGCCUUUCCCAGGCCGUGUGAACGUGACUUUAACCACUCGGCCUUUGGCCACGUCUACGAUUCGAACCACCACCCUGCGUGCUCCAGCGACUCUGACAGAAGUGCCUGCUUUUGGGAAAGGGGUAUUUACAACCACGUCUUAUGGACAGAAAACUGCAGGGAGUUCACCCGGUCCUCCUGUGAUGUUUAGCACAUCGAAAAACACUUACGAGAAGACAGAGAGGAUUUUCAUAGUGGAGAAUCAGCCACCCAUCAUCAAAGAAAAAAAUAUUAAAGUUCCUUCACUGCUUGUGCUAGAAAUGGAAUUCAGUAAAGACCUUGCAAAUCCUAAAUCCCGAACUUUUGAAAAUCUUGUGGAGGACUUCCAAGGGAAGGUUGAUCCAUUUUACAAGAAUAUUCCUGGGUAUCAACAUCUACAGAUAUCAGGAAUCAGUAGUGGCAGCGUGCUCAUUGAGUAUGAUGCUGUGUUCAGUACUGAAUCAGUGCUGGGGUGGGUCGAGGAUCUGGCAGGGCUGCUGAAUAUGACGGGUCUGCCUGAGGCCAUCUCCCAGGGAUUCUAUAUCGGUGGGGCCAGAGUGCUGCGUAUAUCUGUCCGGAAGCGGCAGGCUGACCUGUGCUCCUCAGUGUUCCACUGCCAGCUCGGGUUUGACUGUGUCCCUGCCGGACGCAGAAAUGCGAGCUGCACCUCUCUGUGCCACAGGGACUACUGUAAAAACAGCGGCAUCUGCACCCACCAGAGAGGUCAGCAGCCUGUGUGCCAGUGCCCGGUUGGUGUUGAUUAUUGGUUUAUGGGUCUGAGGUGCGACCACAAAAUGAGCCAGCAGAAGCUGAUUGGAAUCGCGUUCGGAGUCCUCCUCGCAGUUGCUGUCAUGAUGGCAGCCAUAGCCUUCCUAGUCAUGAGGAGGUUCAAGGCUUUAUUGAUUCAAGCCAAGGUCGACCAAACGAGAAGCAGUUACCGGAGAUUCAGCCGCUUUGAUGACAUCUCGGAGCAGUUCUGGUCUCAGUCCUGGCUGGACUCUGCUAACUCUCUGGACAACCCUGCCUUCACUCACUCGGAUGAGCUCACUCACCUCCGGAGGCUGGACAGCAGCUACUGCAGCUGCCUGGAGGAGUCGCUCACCACCAGCAACAGCAGCAAAAGAAACAUGCCCCACGUCAGGACUGUCUUCAGGCACAGCUCCCAGUAUAACUGGGAUCUCAGUGACAGCAGCAUCAACGAUCACAUGGCAGACUCCGGCAAGGCCAGCGAUCUCUCGGUUUCCAGCUGGCCUAUGGAGCCCAUUCAGUGGACACCUUUCCCCAUUCUGCAGCAGCUUGGUAUUGAGAGACCGUUUAAGACACGAAGACCCCGCUCUUUCUGUGAAGGAAUGGAGCUGGUUAACCUGGAGAGAACCUGGACAGCUUAAAUAUAUCAAUCAAUCAACACAGUGGACUACCUAAGAAGCCUUUUGACAAUCGCAGUAAUCUUCUAAAAAUAAGCAACACAUUAAGUAUACCAAGUACAACUUCAAAUCAGUACUGUAUAUACACACACACACCCAGUGCAAAUCCAAGGCCUUAAAAUCAACAUGUAUUCCAUUUAAGUUUGUUACUACAAUAGGAGCAACUGAGAUUUUGGGUUUGACGAAGCAGGUUUUUUUUUUUUUGGUAGUUUACUACUUCACAAUGGUACGAUACUGGCACAUCAUUAAGUUUUGGUAGUACUAAAGAAGCAGUUAGUACCAAGUAUGUAUUCUACUAAACAAUCUAUUUUUCAACACUUAAUAGCUGCAAGUUCUAUUAUAUAUAUAUUAUAUAUAUAUAUAUAUAUAUAUAUAUAUAUAUAUAUAUUAUUUUUUUUUUACUUUUUUUAAAAAAAGGAUAACACUAGUGCUAAAAACAAACAUCUGGUCCAUGGCUUAGCCAAUUGCCAACAUCUUUGAAUAUUGUAUUUUCAGUUGUGCAUUAUUGUAGUAACUAAAUCACAAUCCCUGUAAAUAUCGUAUAAUGUACAUUUUAUGCAUGUAUUUAACUACCAAUAAAUGAUUACAUUCACCACUGUUCUAGCCAACCCAAGCCAUUAAGUUUACAAAGGCUUGGCAUUUUAAUGUCAUUCUGUGUUUUUAAAACAAAAAACAAAAAAACCCCAAAAAUCAACAAUACAUGCUGAGCAGCCAAAACGUCAUGAUUUAUUAAUUUUUGAAGAAAACUUCAGAAUUCAACACAACCGAACUGUACACAUUACAAUCACAUUCUAUUUGUAAACAGUUAAAAGCCACUUAACUUGUGUUGCAUCUUAGGACAUAGACAAUUAGGGUCAAGGCAAUGAAAUGAUGGUGACUUUUGCACUGUUAAAAUCUUACCCUUGUUAAUCUUCAAAUGACCAAACAAGAAUUUUUUUAAAAUACCAUUUGUGGCAAGAAAAAAAAAACAAAAACAAAAAAACCAACGUGUUACUUUUGCAAAUAACUUAUUUGCAAAUAUUUUAAAACAUUUUACUAUAAACACAUGAUUCUGUAAGCCAAAUACCUGGUUACAGUAUGCAUAGUUACUGAUUUCGGCUUUGUGUUUUCUUUUAAAGUACAACAAUUAAACUUCAGUCACAGAGCAAAAACAUGUAGCCACUCUAAUGGAGGAUAAAGGAAAAAAAAACCUAGUACAACUACAGCGAUUCAGCAAACCACCUUCACUCACUAAUAAAAAGACAGCAUCUUGAAAGCAAUAUGUAGAACAACUCCAGCUUUAAGC